AUGCUGUCUGGCACGACGCUGCCAGGGUCUACUCCUACCCUAUUCAUCGUCAGAGCCGGAAGGAACAUGGAGCCGUCAUCCGUCGCCGAACAGCGAGCGACUGCCGUCGCAAAGCUCAAGCGCGCCGCGUCUCUCCCUCGUAUGAAGGACGGCCGACGACCGCCCAUGCACGUCGAGGCGGUAAGUGAGGGAGAAAGGAUGGACCACGACGACGGGAUUGAUGAGGAGAGCGUGCAGGACGCAGAUGGGCUGCAAGAGGGGGAAGAGGUGCAGGAGGAGGAAGCGCACCAGGUUCCAGGCGUGGACACCCCCGAGGACACUGAAGAACGCCCCGAACAAAUCGAGGAAGCAUCUACCCCCGCGCCCGAGACACCAGGGCCUGCUGAAAACAUCCCCACUCGCGCCAAACGGCGCUCACGCUCACGUACGCGGUCGCGAGGGUCAAAGGACUUCAAGGGCAAGGCGAAGCAAUCCUCGCAGGUCAGCUCGGCGAGUCAUACAAAUGAGUCGUCUGCCGACGAGUAUGCUAUGCCUGCCUCCGGCGACGAGCCGCCUCCUUCGCCGCCUCUCGUCUCCCCCAUCCCCUCACAUUUCGCGCUAUCUGCUUCGAGGCUCCUCGCGUCACCAUUCUUCUAUCCUGGAACUACACCACCGACACCACUACCAACCCUUGAUGACCUACAGAGGGGGAUGACGGGCAUGGGGCUCUACCGAUCGAACAGUGCGGGGGCGGCACGCAUGAUGGCAAUGCACAAGCUCACUGGCGGGACCGAAAUGAUCGACCCUGCGUAUUUUUCAUCAUCUCCAACCCCUGACGGCCCGCGGCUAAUGCGCAACAACACCGUGUCAGGCGGGGAAAGGAUGGCGGCGCGACAGAUGCUGCUCAAUCGGCUGCGUCCCCGUGUCAAUCAGACGGACGGGGAGCAGACCAGUGGCGGCGAAGAGGUGGUGGCCCCGAUAUUGCCCCCGAAGCGCCGGCGGCGGCGAUCCAAGCGAGCAUCAUCGCGCGCAUCGACCGUUGUGGACGAUCGGGAAGAGCGGGAACCGCCGUCGACAACGCCCAAUACGCCUAUAGUGCCGCCUUCGCCGUUACCGCUACACUUCCGCAACACGCCAGAGCCGCCACGGCCGCCGUCAUCGGCAAGUCGGGCAGGUAAUGGGGACGCUCUCCGGGAUUUGCCACAAGUUAAGUCUAAUGGCAGCCCAUCCAUUGACUACGAGAAGCCGAUGGGACAUCGUGGCGUAGUUGUAGAAGAGGAAGACGAUGUAACGCCAGAACGCGUCUCUCCUCAGCGCCUGCCAUUGCCGUCCCCCUCGACGCCUGCACGCGGGUUCAUGACCACGGCAGGGUUGCGCCUACCACAUACAUCUGACGCGCCAUCAAGUACUUCUACUGACUCUGCAUCGGUGAGCGUGCCAGUGUUCAUCUCUCAAAAGGUGGGAUAUGGUCAGGAGAUGUUCCCUGCGAGUCCGUUUGCCACGCCUCUCAAGGAGAGGAUGUACCCAGACGAGGACGAGGAGCGAGUCUUGGUGCGGAGUAGGUCACGACUAGCAGCAUUCGAACGCGAAAGCGAGAUUAGCUGGGUCGCGGAGCCUGUGCCAGAGCGGGAGCGGAUGCCGCUGCAUGAUGACGAGGAUGACGAGGAUGAGCUGGAAUUUGAGGAGGAACCGAUAGGAGAGCAGCCGCAAACUACCAUUGGCGACCGCGUUCCUCAGUUGAGCGAGUUGAUCGUCGAGGUCGAAACCUCCCCAGAACCGACAUCAGCACAUAUCCUGCCAUCUCCCAUAUCGCCUAUCGUCCCUCUCACGUCCACUCUGAGUGAAUCCCACUCCGGUCCUGCACAGCCCUCGCCUACCGUGUACCCUGCACGUCUUUCCGUGGCUACACCCAGCCAGAUGGACCGUUCCCCGUCGAGCACAGACUUCCCACCAGACUUAGACGAUUCGCGUGCGACAGUCACUGAAGCGACAUUGAAGCGGGUGGGUGAAUCCACCAGGACCUGGGGGGAUAAGGUCAAGAACGCCUUUCCCUUUCAACUGGGUAGGAGCGGCUCUGUCAACGGCCGUCGCUCGCGGACAGGAAGCAUUAGCAUCCGGGACAGGCGGGAGAACACGGACUCGAGUAUGAGUCGCGAGAGCCACGGCAGCAUCUCGCGAGAAAAGGGCGAGCAACCCAACCAUGAGACACAGCCACCGUCUGCGUCAACCUCCAUUCUCUCGCUCCCGAUUGCGCCGCAAAUGGGGAUGCACUCGCCAAUUCCGCCUGCUACAGCCGAGAUGAUCUCAUACGACCACGAGUAUAACCCCAAGUUGUUCCCUUUCCCAGGAAUCAAGCAACUUGAGGCGCAGCGAAUGCAUCGCGUCGCCCAGUCCGUUUCAACUCCUGACGUGACCAAUGGAAACCCCAUGGAGUCGGUCCCGAGUUCGAGCUCGUCGAAUACGGCAGGGCGUUCAUUGGAACCUGGGAGGGAGCGGAAGCUCUCACAUCAGGCAUCAGACAGCCGCCUCUUGCCCCGGUUCAAAAACGCAACUUCCCCGCUUCCUGUGUCUUCUGUGCCGUCAUCCGCUUCGCAGGGUGACUACUUCAGCAUACCCUCCACGACUACUCCGGGCACCAGCGCGUCUGGCUCCGUGAAACUCCCCAUGAACCGUGAGGAUGUCAAGAAGUGGUUGAAUGUCAAAAGGAAGUUGUUUGGGUCAUCGCCUGCUCCUACUCCCAGUGCGACCGUCGAUGCUAGGCCACGGAUGGGCGACAAGAAGCCGUCGUUAUCAGACAUACUACGCGGCCGUAAAGAGGCGGAUUGGGAGGAUAGUGGCCAUGACAAUGCUCGUACGCCGACGAGCCCACCCAGCAAUGCGAUUUUUGCACCGCUUAGGCGGGAGGAGCUCAAGACUGCCGUGCAUAUGGAGACCGAAGUUGUCCUGUCGCACGACUCUAGUCCGGAGACCAUACACUCACCCAAGAGAGAAUUCCAUCUAGAAGGCAGAUCGAACGGUGUGAUUUCGCCUUCUCAUGCCUCAGAAUUCUCAGUGUCAUUUCCCUCGCCGCAUGAUCCUCCAUCGUCGACCACGCCAGAUCCCCACUCCUCUCUGGAUGAUUUCCCGCCGUCAACAUCAGAUUCUUGUUCAAUGUCAUCGUCGCAUCAAUCGCCGGAUCCGCGCGAGAAUGAGGUGUCUGUCAGCUCGAUCAUACUGGCGCGUCUUGACGAAGUACUGGGUCGGGGCUCGAAGAGUUCAAUCUAUCCAAACACGCUCGAUGACCCUCCCCGGAAGCUCGUCCUGUCCUCACCCGUCCUGCAGGUUGUCAAUGCUAACACUGUCAAAGAUCGCUUCCUCUUCCUCUUCAACGACAUUUUGGUUAUUGCUAAGCCUGUCAUGCACGACCAGGACAUUCUGAUCGAGACGAUGAAGCCAAGUCCCCUCGACAGGAAGUUCAUAGUCAAAAGCGUUUGUCCGCUUCGGCAGCUUCGUUUCUCUGGCGAGCGGGAUGAAGGCCACACCAAGAGUAUCAAUGGGGCCAAUCCCAUGAAACAUCCCGUCAUCAGCAGCUUCGUGCAUUACUUUGCCAAAGAUCCCGACAGUGCCAUCGCGUUCUUGUCCACUAAGACCAGCGCUAGGGAGGACCCGAUCGCGUUGGGUCAGCUGCUCUUCCGGACGCUUGACCUAGACAGAGCGAGGUUAGGCGAAUACCUAUCCCGUCGAACAUCCAAGGUCGUGUUGAAGGCAUUCAUCAACAGCUACAGCCUGACUGGCUUGCGCAUUGAUAAGGCCCUUCGCGUUUUCUUGCAGGCGGUUCACCUACCGGUUCGAUCGGGCAAUCAGACUGGAGCGCUUGAGUACCUCAUGGAUUCCUUCGCUAGUCGUUGGCACGAGGCCAAUGCUGGAAUAGUUGCCUACGAUAAGGAUCUGGCCGUCCGACUGGUGCGCGCCAUUGCCCAGCUCAACGAAGUCAUGCACGGUGAAAUCACUGACGAGCCUGGACCCACUGGGUAUCCUAAACGCAACGUCAUUUCUCGCGAUUUUGUCGAAGCCUUUAGAAGAUACGAUCCAAGAGGUCUGGUGCUGGAUGACUUGCUUGACAAGAUUUACGCCUCCAUUCGGCGAGAGAGGCUCUCGCAAGCACGCGAUCCAAGUGCAUCUGGUGACACCCCAGAUGUUCCCAUCACGAUCAAGCGGCCUUUGCCAACUCGCCUGACGUACCGCAUACAAUCCGAGCCGAUCAUCUUGCGCAUACCGCAGCCCGAUCCCCAUCUCACCAUCCAGUUAUUCGGUCAAGAUCUAGUGUUCGACCCCCCGGUCCUUAGCUUCGUCAGAUCAUCGGAGACGUCUUUCCGCGUUACAGGGACGUCACUUGGACCCAAGACUAUUAUCAUGUGGCGAUCUGGGCCCAACGGCAUCCUCUACACGGGACUGCCGCUUAGUAGCGCUGUGAUGGUCGAGCGGGCAUUCAUGCGCAACACGUUCCAGCUCGCGUUUGUGAACCACAAUGGCGCAAAGCGGAAGUACAUGUUCGGCGUCGAUGACUCACUCGUCCGUCAUCAGUGGGCAGUCUCACUCAAACGCCAGAUUGACAUCGCGUCCACGAGUAUUUCACCCGCCGAGGCAUCAGGCUCUAGCUCUCAGAAGGCAGCCGAGAGUCUGGCACUACGGGUGCUCCAGGACACAUUAAUCUCAUCAGAGGACGACUACCCAUCCGUGCCGUUGUCGCCCGUCGAUGAAGCCCUGGCCCGUCUCAAUGGUGCGACGCCACCUAGACGUGCCCACAGCAGUAGUGUUUCCAGCCCGCGUUCUGCCAUGAACCGUAGUGCCAACGGGGCGUCUGGGGCUCGAAGACAACCCAAUGGUUCCAGCCCGCACGUGCGCUCGAAAUCGCGCAGCCAGGUAUAUCAUCGCCAUGGACCCGGGAGGCUCGAGCUCGAGCUCAACGAUCUUGGUGAUCGCAGUGACGAAGAUCGGUUGCAGCACGACUCAUCUGCACAGUCGCAGCAGCAACAGCAGCAACGGACAUGGAGUGGACGCGAUCUCGAGAUUAUCUGUCGACAGAACAGCCUAAUCACUCCUAUGCUAACAUAUCUGCAAGUGGGCCGAAGAGAUCCUGACAUAAUCAAUGGUGCUGUUUCAUAG